AUGCACAGUUAUCGACUAUUCGUACCACAGUUAAAUUACAUCUGGAAGCGCAUUGUCGACGUGCUGUUUGUGCGACCGCUGCAAAGGAGAAAGAAAUUCAGCUGGAAAACACUUAACCAUUCCAACGCGACGCCUGUCUACGAACUUAGCACCGUUCCAUUUCCGAUGCCAAUCAAUGGUGUGUUUUUCUCGAAAAUUGUAAACUUUUGGCAGGCGGGUAAAUUCCGAUUAGCAAACAGCACGUUUUUCAGCAAUAAAACUAACGACCUACGUCACCAAAAAAUGCACGUCGUGGUGCUAGAACAUACACCGGCCGUUUUCAAAUUGGAGACACGCGAUGGAAUGGCAUCAGGCACGAAAAAGUCAAACAGUUCCGACGACAGCACAGGCGCCAUUUCUACAGUAUCGCAAUCGAAAACCUUCUACUAUGGGCUGGAAAUUGAGCUGCUUAAAGCCAUAGCAAAGGCCAUGCGGUUCGAUAUGGUAUUCUACGAGACGUUCGAUGCCGACAUUGAACGAUGGGGCAAUGUGCAGGACAAUGAAACGCUUACCGGAUUGCUUAGAGAGAUGCACGACGGAAGGGCGGAUUUCGCCCUCGCCGAUCUACACCACACGCAGUACAAUCUUGGCUUCAUGGAUCUCAGCAUACCCUACAACACGGAAUGCUUAACGUUUCUCACACCCGAGGCACUGAGCGAUAACUCCUGGAAGACUCUCAUCCUUCCGUUCAACAGAGAAAUGUGGACGGGUGUUAUGAUAUCGCUGUUUUCCGUUGGUUUCGUGUUUUACGCAUUCUCAAACACGCUCACCUUCUACACCGCGAGUAGCUUGAAAAAGUUACAAAUGAUACCGUUUAAACGCAAACCGGAACCCUGGCAUGAUCCUUUGCCGGCGUACGAUAUUUUCGAUACGUUUGCCGGCUGCAUCAUAUACACUUACAGCAUGUUACUGCUGGUAUCACUGCCACGACUGCCCAAUGGAUGGCCGCUUCGUGUCCUUACCGGUUGGUACUGGGUGUACUGCGUUCUGGUCGUAGUCGCAUAUCGGGCCUCCUUCACGGCAAUACUGGCAAACCCAAUACCUCGGCUAACGAUUGACACGUUGCAGGAUUUAGCGGAAAGUCCCAUUCGUUGCGGAGCUUGGGGUGCACAAAAUAAGCUCUUUUUCCAAAUGGCCCAGGAUCCGUAUUCGCAAGCGAUCGGUGCAAAGUUGGAGCAUGCCCCGAACUACAACGAGGCGGUUGAUAAGGUCAACGAGGGUCUGUACGCGUACUAUGAAAACAUCUACAUUUUGCGCCAGCUACGGUCAACAAGGAAAUCGGAAAAGGCUCGUCAAACGCUGCACAUCAUGCAAGAAUGUGCCGUGCAUAUGCCGAUAUCGAUCGGGUUGGAGAAAAACUCACCGCUCAAAUAUCAAGUCGAUCGCCAUGUCAGGGCAUUGAUCGAAGGAGGCCUCACCAGAAAAUGGCUCUCGGAAGCGAUCGAACGGUUCCAGUCGAACGUGGAGCUACCACCGCAAGAGGCUACGAUCGAUUUGAAGAAAAUGUACGCCGGCUUUGUAGCGCUCGGUCUCGGCUACACUCUGGCGUUGUUCGCAUUCAUCGCGGAAAAAUUGUACUGGUCGUAUGUCAUUGAAACCAAUCCGGCAUUUGACAAAUAUUUGCAUGGCAUUACGUUUCGCAGGCGUCUGUGAAUGUGUGGAAUUUUAUUUUCUUCUCGCAAAGGCCAAAUAUGUGGGCCAACGUUUUAUGUUAUA